UGAUAAGUGCAACUUAGCUUAAGGCGAAUUUCUACAUAUAUGUGUUAGGUUAUAUAAUUGAAAUGAGAAUUAUUUGUAUUAAAAUUUCUUUAAUAUUCAGCUACAUAAAGAGCUGAGGAUAAUUGCAGUCAACUUACAAACUUGACAAGACUCUUAAAAAUAAUACUUGUGAAAUGGCUGAGAGCGGCGAUGGACGAUCUGACUUAAGAAACUGGAUGGGGAACCUUCCCGUUGCCCUACAUGACACGCGCAUCUCGGAAUUGGCUAUCCCUGGCUCACACGAUUCCUUCAGCUACAGUUUAGAUCCGAAAUCCGAGAUAGGUCCCGAUGCCGUCCCGUUCGUGCAAUUUCUUGGAAGGAUUGGUGCGGCCUGUAUCUAUAAGUGGAGCGUGUCCCAGGAUUUUAGCUUCCGGGAGCAGCUGGUCGCCGGCGUCAGGUAUUUUGACCUCCGGGUGGCACCCCGGCGGACGACGGGGAAGUUCCACUUUCUCCACACGUUGUUUGGGAUCUCGGUCGAAGAUGGUGUUAGAGAAAUUUUCGAUUUCCUAAGAGAACAUGACAAAGAAGUAGUGAUUCUGGAUUUCAACCAUUUCUAUGACAUGUCUGAUGAGAAACACACUGAGCUUAUACAGAAGUUGAUAGAUAUAUGUGGAGAAAAGAUGUGUGUGUUUGUUGGAAUAGAAAACCUAACGCUUAGUACGAUGUGGGAGAAUGGUCUACAAGUCAUCGUCAUUUAUCACAAUAAGAUGGCCAGAGACUUUUGCCAGCUAUGGCCAGGAAACGAUUGUAUCUUCUCACCAUGGCCGCACACCACGAGCGUCACCAAAAUGGUGGCUUUCCUUGAGCAGACGACGUCAACGUGCAAGCCGAUGAUGUUCCAUGUGGCCCAAUGUGUUCUUCCACCGGAUACAUGCUUCAUCAUGAGUCAUCUGACAGGAGGUAUCAAGGGAGACCUCGCCAAAAAUGCGAACCCUGCUGCCCUCGCUUGGUUAAAGACAAAGAAGAGAGGACCAAAAGGUGUUAAUAUUGCGAUGGCGGACUAUAUGCAGAUGGAUGACUUUACGAGAAAGGUUAUAGAAAUGAACUAUGUUUAGAAAUAUAUAUUGUGCAAUUGUUUAUUACACUUUAAAAUAUUACAUUUUUAAUUAGGCCACUGUGCUAGCUGACACACUAAUAAACUAUUAAAGACGAUACAACUAAUGCCCAUGGCCAAAAAAUCUGUUGAUAUCUCAUUUAUUUUAUGAUUGCCUAUAGAUCUAUGUAUGUCGUCGUUUGUCGUCGUCGGCGCUAUAUGUGCUUGUUCGGAGCGCUGGCUUAAGGGAUUUUGUUUUAAUUCAAUAUCUUUAUUGAUUAUCGCAGUUGGACGAAUGCCCUUAGUAUGCAGGACUAUAAACACUUAGCUGAAAUUAUUUUAAAGACAUUUGUAUCUGAAAUGAUGCAAAACUUUGUCAAGCAAGACGGAUGGGAUCCUUCAAAUGUAUUCAUGAAGUGAUUCUAUCCACAAGGCAAUCUUUUCGAAAGGUAACUAAGGGUUAUGGUUUGAUAUGGCCGGUGCAGCUCAUAUUCACACUUGGUAGACCCAUAAACUUCGGUGAUUUAUACUACAUCAGAUACUCGCAUUUAAAUAAUUGAUUAUUCUUCUUCGCGUUUGUCUUUUCAAUUAUUCCAACACAAAACUUGUCGAAGCUGUUUCUUCUGUUAAAUAAUAGUUGGUCAUUGAAUGUGGAGGUUUCACAUGACACCAUCUGAAUAAAACAAAACACAUGGUUCUUGAUGAUCCCAGAGAGCCUUAAAACAGAAUUUAACAUUAUCAAUGUACAAACGGAUCUCCAUCUUGCAAGUAUUUUAGUUUCAAAUUGAUAUUUUCUUGUUCUGAUACAUGUAAUAAAUUAUAUUGUUGCUGA